AAAAGAAGAUAGCCUUUUGAGAACCUCAAUUCCUGCAAAAGAACGUCUUGCAGCCACUCUCCAGUUUCUAGCCAGUGGUAGGAGCUACGAGAAUCUGAAGUUUAGUUGUGCAAUAUCUCCGCAAGCACUAGGAAAAAUCAUACCAGAAACUUGUGCAGCUAUUUUUGAUGUUCUAAAGGAAGAUUUCUUAAAGUUUCCUUGCAAUGAAUCGGACUGGAUGAACAUAGCUGUGGACUUCAAAAAGUACUGGCAAGUUGAAAAACUGUGUCGGCGCUAUAGACGGAAAACACAUAGCGAUUCGUCAACCUCCGAAAAAGUAUCCGAUGGUGGCGUACUUAUGGAAACUGAUUUUGGAGAGUUGCUGGAAAAUAAGGAAUUGCAACUUGCCGUCACCAACAAGCUUCGAUGA